AUCUGCACCACAGAAAUCACGAUCUGUAUAGCCAUAAAAAUUACACAACGAAGGAUUAUGCUCUUUGUGAAUGUCGCCUGUGAAUCGAUUACAUGUGCAUUUGGCUUGUAUAUUUGGUGUGCUGGUGCUGAUCCAGCAGAUGCAGGGGUUUUCAAGUCCAGAAAGUAUUGUAAAACCCCCAACAGCCAAACAAAUGCUAGAAAAGAAGGGUCAAACCAUGGUGGAGAAUCGCUAACUAAAGACGCAAAUGAUGAGAGGUCUAAAGCCGUAAAAGCCACGUUGUCACCGUCUUGUUUAAUGGUUGUUUUGUGUCUGAUUCCUCGUGCUCUCACGUAUCAUUGUUCGAGUUUAGAAGAGGAGUCUUCUCAACACCAAACAAGUGAAGAUGGCAUGUUUUACUGCAGUUUGUGCGAGGUUGAGGUUUUCAAGUACAGCAAGCACUGCAGAGUAUGUGACAAAUGUGUCGAUCGAUUUGAUCAUCAUUGCAGGCUUAUACUACAAUGGUCAACCGGGAUUGUUGUAUUGAUAAGUUGCGCCAUCGACCACAAGAGAUACAAAUCUGAAGUAGCUUCAAAGUUAGGAAGCAAUUUCAAAUUAGCUCCUUAUGUUGCAGUUGUGGCAGUAUGCACGAUUUUGGCGAUGAUUGCAACGCUACCGCUUAUCCAGCUCUUCUUCUUUCACCUUCUUCUCAUAAAGAAGGGAAUUAGCACAUAGAUUAUAUCAGAGCAUUAAGGGAGCAGGAGCAACAAGGAUUUGGGGGCCCACAAAGUCCUCAAACGUCGCCAGCUAGCUCGCUCACGGGUUUCAGCAGUGUCAGUUCUUUCAAUACUUUCCGCCAAGGCGCGUGGUGUACUCCUCCACGUCUGUUCGUUGAAGAUCAUGUCAUUUUCAAUAAGGUAUGAUGUGGUCCCACCUGAGACCAGUUCAGUUAGCUCACUAGGGAAAAAGACACUUGAUGACCCCAUCAAGAAAAAGAAUUCCACAUCCGUGAAGAUCAGCCCAUGGACCUUAGCCCGUUUAAACGCAGAAGACGUCUCAAGAGCCGCAGCAGAGGACAACAAAAGAUUGCAAAAAUGAGUAAAAACAUGCUUUGAAAGAGACACAAUUCAGACAUGUGGAUGCUUUAGUUAUACAUGUUGUCGAUGAUCUUAGUUUCUAAUAGUUUUACAUGUAAAAUAAACCAGGAGAAUCGUAAAUUCAUAUAAGAGACAUGGAUUCUUAAGUAAUACAUGUUUUACAUGCCAUAUAUCAUGUUUUUACAAGUUUUGAAUAUUCAAAGAAACUAUAUCAUUUCACAA